UCUCUCUCUCUUUCUCUGUCUCCUUCUUUGUAUCACUCUGUCUGUCUCUCCCCCCUCUCUCUUUCUGGCCCUCUCCCUCUCUGUCUCUCUUUCUCUGUCUCUUUCUUUCUAUCACCCUCUCUCUGUCUGUCUCCCUCCCUCUCUCUUUCUAUCACUCUGUCUGUCUCCCUCCCUCUCUCUUUCUAUUGCUCUGUCUGUCUGUCUGUCUGUCUGUCUGUCUGUCUCUCCCCCCUCUCUUUCUCUCCCUCUCUCUUUGUAUCACUCUCUCUCUGUCUGUCUGUCUCCCUCCCUCUCUUUCUAUCGCUCUGUCUGUGUGUCUGUCUGUCUCUCUCCCCCUCUCUCUCUCUUUCUGUCUCUCCCUCUCUGUCUCCCUUUGUGUCACUCUCUCUCUGCCUGUCUGUCUCCCUCCCUCUCUUUCUAUCGCUCUGUCUGUCUGUCUCUGUCUCUCUCCCUCUCUCUCGCUCUCUCUGACAGGUUCUCGAAGACAGUCUGCUUGUCUUUGGUCCGAGGUACACGGCAGCAGCACAGUGCGGACGUGUCUCCUUGGUUAAUGUUCUGAUAGUCAGGCAGAACUGAGCCUUUGGCUCAGUAGAAGGAACAGAAUGAAAGGUGCAGGGUCCACAGAUGCUACACUCGUGCUCAGGGGUCUAGUGGCGGCUCGGCUCCUGUUUUUCAAACUUAGUUCAAACUUGGAAGGCUUUAUUUCUAUGUGGGAACAUGGGGAUGUGCUGUGCACGGUAGAAAACCAAGUGCUUCUUCUUAAGUUCUGAAAAACGCAACAGGGGAAGGGGCGAGGCAGCAGAGUGGACAGGGAGGGGUACCCUGCACCCUGCUAUUUAAGGUCCAGAUUUAAUCCAGCCUGUCAGCUGCUGGAUGUAAAUGUCAGGAUUUAGAUGUGGAAGUGCCCUGGUCUCCGGCAGGAACCAGCAGGAAUGUGGUUUAAAGAGCCGGUCUUAAAUGACACCAGGCUUCAGUUCAGACCUGUUUUAGCUGAAUGACAAAGUCCUGCUGCCAGACAGACAGACUGCAGGCUGGAGAGGAGAAGGAGGAGGAGGAGGUCUGUCCGCUGUGUGAGCCAUCUCAGGAGUUUGCUUCAGGGCUUUUUUUCUCCUGAACACUGAAUAUUUGUUGGGAUUUUAACUUUUGAUUUUCAAGUCUUGAAUGAAAAAGCUUUAAAAAGACGGAUGAUUUGAACCGAUUUGUUCUGUUUCCAGUCCGUCUGAUUCUGAAUCCCAGCUGGUUUGUUCUGUUUCCAGUCCGUCUGAUUCUGAAUCCUGGCUGGUUUGUUCUGUUUCCAGUCCGUCUGAUUCUGAAUCCCGGCUGGUUUGUUCUGUUUCCAGUCCGUCUGAUUCUGAAUCCCAGCUGGUUUGUUCUGUUUCCAGUCCGUCUGAUUCUGAAUCCCAGCUGGUUUGUUCUGUUUCCAGUCCGUCUGAUUCUGAAUCCCAGCUGGUUUGUUCUGUUUCCAGUCCGUCUGAUUCUGAAUCCCGGCUGGUUUGCCGGCUGGUUUGAAAAAGAUGAUUCUCUGAUCUGAAGUUUUCACCAGUUAAUUCUAGGGAUUUUAAACGUAUCGUGGAUUUUCAGUCAAGAUGCAGAAAGUUCUGUUUGGACUUUGUGUGGUUCUGAAUCUGAGCCCGGUCCACAGUUUCCCCAACAGACCGGUCCCACACACCAUCGUCAUUCCGGAUCAGCUGAUCGGCUCCUCUUCACAGAGCAAUGCGGAGUUGAACAGGAAUGGGACUGUGUGUGGCCCGUGUGAUCUGGAUCAGUGUCCCCCGGCUCUUGGUUGUCGGGCCGGGUCUGUUCUGGACUCGUGCGGCUGCUGUGAGGAGUGCGCUAACCUGGAGGGCCAAGCCUGUGACCUGGGAGACAAAAACGUCUUUCACGGCCUCUGUGGAACCGGACUGGUGUGCCGAACUGAGCGGGGACAGCAGGAGGAGGAGGAGGAAGAGGAGGAGGAGGCACAGUGUGUGUGUGAGCAGCAGGAGGCGCUGUGUGGGAGCGAUGGAAGAACUUACAUGAACAUCUGUCAGUACAGAGAGGCCUCCUUCUCCAAUCCCCAUCUGAGGACCAAAGGCAAAGGACCCUGCAAGACAGUUCCCAUCAUCAAGGUCCCUCCGGUGAGUCAGGUGAAUGGGACGGGCAGCAGUCUAGUUCUGCUGUGUGAGGUCUUUGCAUUCCCGAUGGCGUUGGUUGAAUGGAGGAAGGAAGGCUGGGACGUGGUUCUUCCUGGAGAUGACCCUCACAUCUCUGUCCAGUCGAGGGGUGGUCCUCUGAAGUAUGAGCUCUCCAGUUGGCUGCAGAUUGAGGAGGCGGAGCCAGAGUAUUCUGGAACCUAUCGCUGCGUCGCUCGGAACAACCUGGGCUCUGUCUCCGCCUCCGCUGUGCUGGGAGUCCUGAGACCAGAGGAGAUGUCAGCCUAUCUGUCUGCCAGUGUGGCCGAGAUGAAAGAGAUGAUGGACUACAGUCAUCCCAGAGAAUACGAGCAGGACUACUACUAAACUUUACCCACAAUCCCCAGCUGUCACGUGAUGUGACGGGUCUCAGCGGUGCCCAUGCUGUUUCCCCCGAUCAGGACUAACGUGAACAGAUGUGUGUUAAGAAGGACAGACGUCACAGAGACAACACAACACAGUGUGUUCAGUUCUCCCAACAGGCAUAUUGUACAUGUACUCAUGUACUCAAGUACUCAUGUGGUUUUAUUGAAAGCAGAGUACAACACAGAAUACAAGACAGAGUACAACACAGAAUACAAGGCAGAGUACAACACAGAAUACACGGCAGAGUACAACACAAAAUACACGGCAGAGUACACUUUCUAGUGGGGACCCAGAGUAAAGAUGAAACCCUUUAUUAACCCAGCUCUUUCCACAAACCUGACAUGAAAGACCAGCUACUGAAGGCAUCCCAGUUUCCCAGACAGGACCGUGGUUUUCCCUUCAUCUGUGUACACAUCUGCUGACACAUCUGUUUACACAUCUGUUCUUCAGGAACAGACAGAUUUGUGUUGUCACAUAGUAUAUCAACAUGGAAAUGUGUUGUGUAGAGAAGACUACACACUGCUUUCUGCACACAUGAACAGGCUUGUGAAUAAAGACCAUAUACUGUAUACUGUGUACUUUAUACUGUAUACUUUAUACUUUUGAAUAAAGACCAUAUACUGUAUACUCUAUACUUUAUACUGUAUACUUUAUACUUUCGAAUAAAGACCAUAUA